AUUUUACACACAUGCUCCCCAAACGUUUACAUUGUCAACAAUGGCGUUAGCACAGAAGAGGACGCAUGUUCGUCUGCCUCCAGAGGUUAACCGCAUACUCUAUGUGCGAAACUUGCCUUACAAAAUCACAGGAGAGGAAAUGUAUGAUAUUUUUGGAAAAUAUGGUGCCAUCAGACAAAUUAGAGUAGGCAACACCCCUGAGACACGAGGUACAGCUUUUGUUGUUUAUGAAGACAUUUUUGAUGCGAAAAAUGCGUGUGAUCAUCUCUCUGGUUUCAAUGUCUGUGGAAGAUACUUGGUUGUUCUCUACUAUCAGAGUAAUAAGGCUUUCAAAAAAAUGGAUGCUGAGAAGAAGCAAGCAGAACUGGAUCGUGUGAAGACAAAGUACAAUAUUAACACAGAUGAGAAGAAGAAUUGAACAUAGAUAUUUGUAUCUGAUUUUUAUUUUGCUGUUGUAAUAAGGGAGGAUGUUUUCUAAGAAAUAUCAUCAUUAGAGACAGGAUUAGUCAAGAGAUCCUUUUUAUAUUGUUUAAUGUACAAUAAUUAGAAAUUUAGGAAAGUCAACAAAAACAUUUAAAAGUGUAAAAGGUCUAUUAUUUCUAUUUGAUUGCAACAGCCUAGUGCACUUUUUUGUUAUUUCUCUUUUCACUGGAAGUACAAUAUUCUAUGUAUAACAUUUUGAAAUAAAAAAAAUAUAUAUAUG